AUGUCUCCAUUGAUGGUACCAACAGUGAGUGAGGUUCAGGUCGAGAGCUUUGUCUUCCCGCCGACGGCGAAACCUCCUGGCUCCGGCAAUACCUUGUUCCUCAGCGGUGCAGGAGUGAGGGGCUUGGAAGUUGAUGGGAAGUAUGUGAAAUACACGGCCAUCGGAGUUUACUUGGAAGCAACAGCUGUGCCAAUUCUGGCCACUAAGUGGAAGGGCAAGACUGCUGAUGAACUGAGGGACUCGAUUGAAUUCUUCAGAGAUGUUAUCACUGGGCCAUUCGAGAAGCUCACGCAGGUGUCGUUUAUCACGCUACUGACGGGUCCGCAAUACACGAAUAAAGUAACCGAGAACUGCAUUGCUUUCUGGAAUUGCAAUGGAGGUUACAAGCAAGAAGAAGCGGAAGCCAUUGAUGAGCUCAUCGAGGUCUUCAAGGACCAAACCUUCCCUCCUGGCUCCUCCAUCUUCUUCACUCAUUUAACUAAUGGAUCCUACGUGAUAAGUUUCUCCGACCAUAAUCGUAUCCCAGAAAUCGGAAAUGCGGUGAUAGACAACAAUGAACUUGCGGGGACCGUUCUGGAGACGAUCGUAGGGAAGAACGGCGUCUCUCCUGCAGCAAGGCAUAGUUUGGGUUGCAGGCUUGCCCAGUUGAUGAAGGAGAGCAUUCAGCGCAAUGACAAAGAUGGAACAAAUGGCAAAUCAGAGCAUUUUUCAAGUUAGGGGGAGUGAAAGGUAAGAGUGGUUGAUGGUCCAAUAACUAAAUAAUUUAAGAGCAGUUGCUCUUCGUGUUGUUAAUGAGGUUUGAUCGACCCCAGCGUUUGUGUGUUGUUAUUAUGUGACACUGUUUUCCAAUAAAUGGUCAACGAGCCGGCGGCUGUUACCCCACCAUUUCUGGUGAUUUUAAAAAAAAAAGAUGAAUACUGUUCUAGCUAAAGAAAUGAAAAGAUGAGUACUCUCGA